AUGCGGGAUCGCAUCGUCACCUUCACGCCGGUCAAGUGUAUGGAGGAACUGCCCACCCCAUGGCCGAGAUGCCAAGAGCUUAUUGAGCUGCUCGGUGCGAAGAGGAAGGUGCCCACCAAGGAUGAUCUGAUCCUAGCUGUGUCCCACGCUUGGUCGCAUCAGCUCCACCCGGACCCACUCGGCCAGAAGGCAAAGACCGUCAAGGAGCUGACCCACCAGGCUGUCAAAGACUACCAGAUCUCAGGGGAGGCGCUGCUCUUCUUUGACUUUAUGAGCAUGAGCCAGAACCCCUUCCUGCCUGGCCAGCGCGAGCGAACGCCGGACGAGCAAGCCGACUUCCUCAAAGCCAUCAACGCUCUGCCCGAGAUCUUUUUCACCGCCGACGCUGUGCUCCACAUCGACGGGGACUGGCCAGAAUUGGAGGUGGAACACCUGCACGAGACGCUGAAGGAAGAGGAGCUUGGCAAGUUCGAGCUAAGGGAGAACGGCACUGUUGUCUUGGCUUACAACCAGUACCAGGCCGACGACGGCUCACUGGCGAAGCUGCCGGUGUACACGGUCGAGUCCGUAGAUGGCGCCAAACAGGUGAGCAGCAUCUCUGACCUCACCCCCAAGAAGAAGAGAUUCUCCAUGCCAAAGUUCCUCUGUCCCAACUCAAUCCUGCCGGAGAAAGAAGAUCCGGUCUUCGUCGUUAGACCCUCUCCGUUGGGCAAGCGAAACGCCGUGCCCGCGGACGAGCGGGGCUGGAUCUACUUCGAGCGGCUCGUCUCCACCAUCCGCGUGGCCCUGACGGACGAACAGUAUGCAGCCAGGACCUGCUACUCCAACAUCCCGGAGUUGAAGAAGUCCAUCCUCAAGCGCGCCGAAGUCCUGAGGCACGCGGCUGCCACCAGCAACGCGGCGCUGAAGCACCAGUUCGAGGUCUACAUCGAGGAGAUCAAGACCAAGACCUUUGCUGCCACUUCCCUGGACAAGAAGAAGGCGUCCGCCGCCACUUCGGUACAGUUGCUUAUCGUGUGA